AUGUCCUCUCCCACAGCCCAACGAGCGACCGGUACCCCUCGCAAGCUCCGCACAGGGUCUGGCUCCAGCGCUGGCCCACUUGCUGAACAGAGUCCUUCUAAGCGCACUCCCCAGAAGCUCCAGGUCCGGAGCCGCAAACCGACUGAGGAAGAAGUUCCCGAAGAACCAACCACUCCGUCACCGAAGCCCCGCAGAGUAGCCCAGAGCGAGCAGCGUGAUGCCCCUGAAGAGACACAGUCGCAGGCAUCCAGCUCUGCUAGUGGAUUAGGAGGACUGGGAGGACUCACCAGUGGCCUUACCGGUCAAGUAAAGGAUACUGCUGGAGCUUUGACGAAGACAGGUGAACAAACGGUGGAAAAUACUACUGGCCUUGACUUGUCUUUCUUGAAAGGGCUUGAGGUCAGUGAAUGGGGCCAGGUCCUUGGUGAGGAUGGGAACCCCGUUGGUCGCAUCGUGGAAGGAGAGCCACAGGAUCUUGUCGGAUACACGGUCGCAGAUAACGGUGAGAUUCUGGAUGACGAGGGCGACUUGAUCGGUCGCGUCGAGGCUCUGCCAGAGGCGAUCCAGAAUACUACCGACGAGGCGAGGAAGGCUGUCGCUGGCCUGGCUGAUUUGGGCGGUCUUCCGGUGGCCGAGGGUGGUUUCAUCAAGGAUAAUGCCGGUGAGACCGUAGGCAAGGUUGUCGAAGGGGAUCCCCAGGACCUUGUUGGUUAUGCGCCAAAUGAGAAAGGGGAGAUCCUCGACGACGAAGGCGACCUUGUUGGACGUGUUGAGCCUGUCACCAAGACUACGACCGCUCCAAGUGCUGGGUCUGACACGAAGGACGUCAAGAGUACGGCGGAGGAAGAAGCCCAGGAGCCGAGCGAAACGACUGAGCAGGCUGUUUCUGAUGUCAAAGACGCCAAGACUGAGGCCGAGGAAGCAGUCGAGGGCGCUGAAGAACAGUUGCCUCCCCUUUCCAUCCUUGAAGGUUUAAAAUGCAACAAGCUCGGCAAGAUUAUCGACCCUUCAACGGGAAAGCCGAUUGGUGAGCUGAUCGAGGGCGAUCCAAAAAAGCUCGCUCGGCUUGGUCUUGCACUUGAUGACAAAGGUCAGUUCUGGGAUAAUCGUGGUAAUAUCAUUGGCAAGGCUCAAACGCUCCCUCAACAAGAUUAUAGCGAGGAGCCUCCGUUCGCAGGGCUGGAAGGCCUACAUGUCGUUGAAGACGGCUGGGUUGAGGACAACAAGGGCAAGCGGGUUGGCAGGAUUGUUGAAGGCGAACCCAAGAAGGUUCUCGGACGUCCUGUUGAUGAGGAUGGUGACGUUACCGACCAGCAUGGGAAUAUCAUCGCAAAGGCGGAAUACUACGAGCAACCCGACGAACCGGAACUAGAGGAACCCGAGGUGGUCGACCUGUCGAAACUGGAUGGUUUGACUUGUAACAAGCUCGGAUAUGUAAUGGGACCGAAUGGAGUCCCGAUUGCACGCGUCGUCGAAGGGAACCCAAAGGAGCUGGCCGGAAAAGAAAUUGACGACGGCAAGAUCUGGGACGGCCGAAGGCCUAUUGGGCGCGUCGAGCUUAUUCCAGAGAGCGAGCGCGAGAAGAAACCUGAAGGUCCAUUUGCCGGCCUCGAAAAUCUAACCGUAAAUAAGGAAGGAUUUGUGCAGGAUCCCGAUGGCAACAUCGUUGGUAAGGUGACUGAAGGUGACCUGCAGAACUUGCGCGGGCGGACCGUAGACGAAGACGGAGACAUUAUUGAUAAGUUUGGCAACGUUAAAGGACAUGCCGAACCAUAUGAGCCUCCAGAAGAGGAGGUAGUCGAAGAAGACCUGUCCAUCUUGGAAGGUAAGGUCGUCAACAAAGCGGGCAAUGUCGUGGACGCCCAAGGAAACGUCUACGGCCGGAUUACUUCUGGGGACAAGCGGCUCGCCGGACGGAAGGUUGAUGGCAAGGGCCAGAUCUGGGGAGACAACGGCAAAGUCAUUGGUAAAGCAGAGCUUGUUCCCGGAGCUGAGCAAGACAAACCAGAAGGCCCCUUCUUCGGCUAUGACGACGCUGAAGUCGGGAAGGACGGUGUCAUCACUUCUGGCGGCCAAAUUAUCGGCCGUGUGAUCGAAGGCGACCCCAAGCGACUCCAAGGGCGUAGGGUUGACGAAGACGGCGAUAUCUUGGACAAGAAUGGAAACACCAUUGGCCGAGCAGAGCGAUGGGAGCCGGAAGAGAAGCAACGCACCGUCAACCCUAUGGCAGGCCGCAAGGUGACCCGGGAGGGUGAAGUACGCGAUAUUGAUGGCAACCUCAUUGGCAAGUUGACCUCUGGCAAUCUGGCGACCCUUAUCGGCAAAGAGAUUGAUGAUAAUGGUUUCGUCGUCGACAACGAUGGUAACAAGCUCGGCGAAUGUACUCUGUUGGAGAAUAUACCAGAGGAGAAAGAGGAAGAAGUAGUAGAGGAGGAGCCCGGCCCAUCUCCAGAAGAGCUCGAGGAGCAGAAGAAGGCUGAAGAAGACAGACAAUUAGCUAAGAAAAUGUGUGCUAUCAUCGGACAGACGUUGGAUCGUGUUCGACCCAUUUGCAAGAUGAUCACCGAGCACAUCGAAAGAGCGGAACGCACCCCGAAAGACGAGCUGGACGAGGAAAAGUUGGUGCAAGAUGUCAAGCCGCUCCUUGAAGAAGGUGGUCGCAUCCUCCAAGAAUGCAACGGUGCAAUCCGGGGUCUCGACCCGGAUGGUCGCAUCGCAGCUACAGCAAAGGCUCGCGCUGCCGCCCACGAAGCAUCACCCGAAGAAUAUGCUCUUGCCGAUAUGCUGAAGGAAAUGACAGAUACUGUCGUUACCUGCAUUGAGAACGGCCGGAAGAAGAUUGCCGACAUGCCUCAUGCGAAGCGAGAACUCAACCCCCUCUGGGCACUCCUGAGCGAGCCUCUGUUCCAGAUUAUUGCUGCCGUGGGCCUACUUCUGACGGGUGUUCUUGGCCUUGUUGGCCGUCUACUUGAUGGUCUCGGGCUGGGGCCUCUAGUCAACCGCUUGCUGGGUGGUUUGGGUCUUGACAAACUGCUUGAGAACCUUGGUUUAACUUCUAUAACCGACGCCCUGGGCAUAACUGGCAGGAAGAAGAAAUAA